AAACAAACCCUACUGCUGCGUGCGCGAACGCGCUUAAAUUGUAUAGGCGGUCAGUAUUCCUCGAGCACGAUACGAAUAAAAAACCCAGCUGAAACGUGUGUUUGUCUUCCGCGUCUUCUAUUUGGGACAGUAGGUAAUAUUCGGGUGCGCAUUGGACACAGGGUGAAUUUUACUUCCCUCUGCCCGCUAUCCAUCAUAAAACCGUAUUUUUAAGAAUAGUUGUGAAUUGACUGCAAAAAACUACCUGGGGCCAGGGAUUUCAUAGUAGCCAACACCGACUGUGGAUUUUGUCACAUUGGCAUACAAUGACAACUUCCAUCCGUACAAAGACAGAUUUUUGUCUAAUCAAGCACAGCGUUUCAACUCUAGAUGAGUAGGACUUCGGCCUCGUGCCUUCUCACAUGACUGGAGAUCCUUUGGAUUCCACUGAUCCCCAGGUUCUGGACUAUAUGCUGGUUCCUCACCGGAACUUCAACCUGAUCAAUGGGGUCCACUCUCCCGACGAGGUCGACCAAAUCCAGAACUGGGAGAUCCGAGACUCAGACAUAUUCGCUGUCACUUAUCCCAAGUCAGGGACGAUCUGGAUGCAGCAGAUUCUGACUCUGAUAGAAGCCAAAGGUGACGUCACUCCAAACACAGAGCAUCUCAACGCGCAGCGCGUCCCAUGGAUCGAGCUGAUUGGCAGUGAGAAGGAGUUUAAUGCUACCCCUUCCCCCAGGCUACGGGUCACACACCUGCAGUAUAAGUUCAUGCCUCUCGCCAUCAGACAAAAGAGGGGAAAGGUGAUCUAUGUGGCCAGAAACCCUAAGGAUGUUCUCGUGUCCUAUUACCACUUCCACAAAUAUGCAGCCAUGCUGGAGACACCGAAGGACUUCAAUGAUUUCUUUGAGAAAUUCAUGGAAGGGAAAGUUUUUGGGAACUGUUGGUUUGAGCACAUCAAGACGUGGUACGCUAAUAGAGACAACAUGAACUUCCUGUACAUCACAUAUGAAGAGAUGAUCAAGGACCUGCGCUCCAUGGUGGAGAGGAUGUGCAGGUUUCUAGGGAAGGAUUUGACAGAGGAGCAGAUGGCCAGUGUGGUGGAACACAGCACCUUUAGAACCAUGAAACAGAACCCGCAGGCUAACUACAAGACAGUGCCCGACUCUCUGCUUGACCACAACAAGGGCACGUUUAUGAGGAAAGGGACCAUUGGGGACUGGAAGAACCAUUUCACUGUUGCACAGAGCGAGAGAUUUAACAGUGUCUUCCGGGAGAAGAUGAGGGACCUGCCCCUCUCCUUUGCUUGGGACAUCUAUGAUGUCACUAGUGUCACGUGAUGACAUCCUAGUCACGUCUUGCAGGGAUGUUUUUAAUCCUUGGGCGGGCCCCCUAAGCAUUUUUUCAGGUCACCUAAGUCCAAAUAGUGUAAAAAGAAAAAGUUUUUUUUUUUCAGGAUGGAAAAACGCUUUUACUGUAAACUUAAAUGACUAAAUGCCUUUUUUUUAUACCACAACAUUGUUGAAUACUUGUUUAUGAUGUACAGAACGUGGGCAUUUAUAAAUAAAUAAAUAAAAUAACCUUUGAAAGCUAACAGUCACCUAAAUAAAUACUAGAAAGUCAGGGACAAUUGAAAAAUCCCUCAAACAAUUAAUUUAGCACUACAUAUUUCAUGUUUGAGCAAAAUAACACAGAAUUAGCCAUCGCAAAAUGCAUAGAAUUGAAGAAAAUUUGCUUUAAAACGGAAAAUGUUUCUCGGCUCCACGGCAGAUUAUGUAGAAUCGCAGGGAAUUUGCUUUAAAACGGCAAAGAUGAGGGUCUCUAAAAUGUUCUCUAAAAUUCAUGCCCCUGCCACGUCCACCACCUAAGCCCAUUAUUGAUCCAGGAAAAACACUGCCUUGGUUACAAGUUACCCUAGAUAAUUUAAUAAGUUAUACUGAACAAAAAUGUUUCAUGAGUUGAAAUAAAAGAUCCCAGAAAUUUUCCAUACACACAAAAAGCUUAUUUCUUCUUUCUUUUAUUCAUUGCACAAAUGUGUUUACAUCCCUGUUGGUGAGCAUUUUUCCAUUUGCCAAGAUAAUCCAGCCACCUGUCUCAAGUUGAGGGAGUGUGCAAUUGGCAUGCUGACUGCAGGAAUAUCCACCAGAGCUGUUGAAUGUUAAUUUAUCUACCAUAAGACACCUCCGUUUUAGAGAAUUUGGCAGUAUGUCCAACUGACCUCACACCACGUAUAACCACGCCAGCCCAGGACCUCCACAUUCGGCUUCUUCACCUGCGGGAUCGUCCGAGACCAGCCAACCAAAUCAAUUCUGCAGUCAGAAAUAUCUCGGGGAAGCUCAUGUGUGUCCCAACCAGUUUCUUGACCUGACUGCAGUUUGGCAUCAUAACCAACUUCUGUGGGCAAAUGCUCAUCUUCGAUGGCCACUGGCAUGCUGGAGAAGUGUGCUCUUCACAAAUUAAUCUGUUUCAAUUGUACUGGGCAGACAGCAUAUAUGGCGUUGAGUGGUUUGCGGGUGGGGUUAUGGUAUGGGCAGGCAUAAACUACAGACAACAAAUAUAAUUACAUUUCAUCGAUGGCAAUUUGAAUGCACAGACAUACCAUUUACAAGAUCCUGAGGUCUAUUGUCGUGCCAUUCAUCCACCGCCAUCACCUCAUGUUUCAGCAUGAUAAUACACAGCCCCAUGUUGCAAGGAUUUUCAUUCCUGGAAGUUGAAAAUGUCCCGCAUACUCACCAGACAUGUCACCCGUUGAGCAUGUUUGGGAUGCUCUGGAUCAACAUAUGACAGCGUGUUCCAGUUCCUGCUAAUAUCCAGCAACUUCACACAGCUAUUGAAAAGAAGUGGGACAACAUUCCGAAGGCCACAAUCAACAGCCUGACCAACUAUGCGAAGAUGUUGCUCUCUGAGGCAAAUGGUCAUACCAGAUACUGACUGGUUGUCUGAUCCACACCCUUACCUUUUGAAGGUAUCUGUGACCAACAGAAUCUUCUCUGUAUUCCCAGUCAUGCAAAUCUAUAGAUUAGGGCCUAAUGAAUUUUUCAACUGACUGAUUUCCUUAUAUGAACUGUAACUCAUUAAAAUCUUUGAAAUUGUUGCAUGUUGCGUUUAUAUUUUGGUUCAGUGUAGUAGCCAUCAAUCCAAAAUGUGUAUUAAGUUACCCAUUUUACAGAGGGAAAAAUAGUUUUGCAAGUGUACAGUAACUUCUCAUGCUCUGUACCCAGUUUCAGUCGUUUUUUAAUGUGUAUAAAAAACGUAUUCAUAAAGUUAAGAAUUGAAAUAUA